AUGAACAUUUAUGCUCUCACUCUUGGCGCAGCAGCUAUUCUGCUCACAUUUAUUUUCCGCCAACUGUAUCAAAGAUGGCACAAGUCCCAUAUCCUUGAUCAUAUACCCACCCACGCCUUCCCGGAUGGGAACAAUACGAGGCCUCGGUACAUCAGCGAGCUCAAGGAUCUUUUAGAGUCAGGUUAUCGCCGAUACAACAAACAGGGCCGAGCUUUCAAAGUCCCCAUUCCGAUUGGGGGAUACUCCGUGAAGUAUCGCGUCGUCCUUCCCAAGGACCACCUAGAGGAGAUGAAGCACCUAUCGAACAACAUCUUCAGCUGGGCGAAGGCCUCUGACGUUAUCUUUGCUCAAGACUACACUGGUGCCCCUAAACGAGGUCCGUGGUCUGGAAAGGCUCUUCGGGUGGGUAUCCAUCAGAACCUGGGCGAUAUCACAAAACAGCUGGAGCGGAGAAUCGAUCAGUACUUCCACUCGCAUUUACCCAGUGAACCAAACAGUGGAGUGGCAACCAUCAAAUUCAUGGAGUUCUUCGUCCCUGCCAUAGCAAACGUCACGAACUCCUUGCUCGUCGGUGAAAAGCUCGCAUCAGACCCGGAAUGGAUGGCCCAAACGAUCGAUUUUGCAGUGAAUCGAUACAAAUCUGCAGAUGACGUGCGGGCAUGGCCCCCAUCCCUUGCUGCCAUGAUUUCUCCACUGAUCCCAAGUGUGAGGAGACUACGACAGAGCAAGGAAUACGUCAAGGCACAGCUGAGGCCCAUGUAUGAAGAGCUCAAGCGACAAGACGCGCUUGGAGCUGGUGAAAAAGCCAAAUACCGAAAGGGCCUGUUCGGGUACGAAUGGUUAUGGGGAGGAGCUCCCGACGAUGUUACUCUGGACGAUUUCUCCGAGACCAUGAUGCGAACCAUCAUUGCAUCGAUCCAUACAUCAGCAAAGACAAUCAGUAUCGCUCUCAUAGACAUGUUGUCCCAGCCUCAUUAUCUUGAGGAACUACGUCAAGAAGCAGCACAAGCUACUUUGCCGAACGGAUCUGUCAACAUGGACGCACUGGUCCAACUGGAUUGUUUCCUGAAAGAAAGUCAAAGGCUCACCCCGGUAUUCCUAUUGACCAUGAACCGAGUUGUAACUCAGGAGUACACCUUCAAGGUGUCCGGAACCCGGCUUCCUAUCGGCACCAUGACAACCGCCGCGACCGCUGCCAUCGCAACUGAUCCAGAUACUUUUGGUGCUGACUCUAAUGAAUUUGACGGACACCGCUUCACCCGUAUUCGUGAGAAUAACAAAGCCGGAGAAAGUACGUUUAAGAUGGGAAUGGCCACAGAGGAUUCCCUCGGGUUUGGUCUCGGCAGCCAAGCUUGUCCAGGCCGAUUCUUCGCUGUGAAUCUUAUGAAGCUCAUGCUGGCCAAGCUUAUAACACGCUGGGAACUGAGGUUGGAAAAGGAAGGAAUUCCAUACUCGGGAGGGAGGCCUAAAUAUGAAUAUUACGACUUCUCAGUGGUCCCCCCAACUGCGUUUGGGAUGAAACUUAUGAUCAACAAGAUGGUUCUGGAAUUGUCCUUCGCCUGUUGGGACUAUGAUCGCAUGAAAGCGAUAGAAGAUGGCCGGGUUCGCGCGGAAGGUAUUGAGCUCAAUUUUCUGAAUCUGCGUGUGGAAGAAACGUUCUUCCGUCAAUUACGUUUUCGGGAGUUUGAUCUCUCUGAACUGUCUUUGUCCUCAUAUAUCAUGACACUACAUCAAGAGAAACCUCCUUUCAUCGCCUUGCCGGUCUUUCCCUCUCGAUUCUUUCGGCAGCAGUCCAUGUAUAUCAACAAAAAUGCGGGCAUUUCGAAACCUCAAGAUCUGGCAGGUAAAAAGAUUGGGGUUCCUGAAUACCAAAUGACCGCGGCAGUGUGGCAGCGGGGGAUCCUCGAAGAAUAUUAUGGGGUUCCUCCGAGCCAAGUGCAAUUUUACGUGGGCGCCAUCGAAAGAAGUGACCAGGAAAGAAUCAGCAAGAUCCCGCACUCCCUACUUCCGGAUAUAAAAGUGGCCGCAAUUAGCAAGGAGCAAAACCUCUCGGACAUGCUUGCUAAUGGUGAGCUCGACGCGGUCUUUAGUGCUAGCAAGCCGUCAUCUCUCGAAACAUCUGAAAAUGUUGGACGACUGUUUUCCAACUUCAAGGAGGUGGAAGCAGAAUAUUUUCGGAAGACUCAACUCUUUCCCAUUAUGCAUGUGGUCGCUCUCAAACGGGAUGUAUAUGAGAAAAAUCCGUGGAUUGCGAAAAGUCUAACCAAAGCUUUCGCGCUGAGUCUCGAUGUGGCGUAUGAAUCCAUUCAAGAUAGGUCGGCGCUCAGAUAUAUCUUACCAUGGCUGGAAGAUCAUGUCAUAGAGACCCAAGCGCUAAUGGGCGAAAAGGCGCGAUGGUGGCAGGAUGGGUUCCAGGUCAACAAGCACGUCAUCGACAAAUUCUUGGAGUAUCAUCACCGGCAAGGACUGUCACCGAGACGGUUAAAGGCGGAGGAAAUAUUCGCCCCCAAUGCCCGGGAGACAUUCGUUCUGUGA